AUGGGUUGUGGUUGGCUUAUUUCAAUUCUUCUUGCUUUACCUUAUCUAUUUGUGGGUGGUUUUACAUGUUCAAAUUCAACAGAAGCAGCAUUCUUGCCCUACUACACUCUUAUUAGUACUCUUGUAGUGCCAGUUAUAAUUGUUGGCAUAUGUAAUAUUCGCAUUUUAUUGUACGUGCGUAGUUCCAGUCGUCAAGUACAUGCAGAAGGCAAUCGUAGUAGAGUAUCACAUGCACGAGAUGUUCGUUUACUAAAGAUAAUCAUUGGUACGUUUAUCGUUUUCUUCAUAGGAUGGACUCCUGUCUUUCUAAUGCAAAUAUUUGGAAAGAAUAAUGAGAUUCCUUCAACUCUUAAUGCAUGUUUUCAAGCACUCCCACCAUUAUCUAUGUUGUUGGAUGUUAUUUUAUUGAUAUAUACCAAUCAACCAGUACGUAUUUUCCUUAAACAAUUAGUUAUUCGACAUCCGCAACAUUUACAAAAUAAACUUGUUCGUGCUAUACCUCAACAAAAUAUUCAUACUAUUCAAAAUCAUUAA